AGUCACGCUUUGUCGCUGGGGCUGCUGGGACUCUGACCUCAGUCACCGUCAUCACAGAUUUCCUGUGAGACAAGUUCAGGGGCCUCUUGUCAGAACGAUGCCUCAUUACCGAAGUUACCGCUCCUCAAAGCGAAGUGGCCAAUUAAGAUACAGCGAACACCAUCAGGGCAGAAAGCAGAAGACACGAAGAUGCCGCCCCUGGUUGAAUCACAAAGACCGGUCGCGCCGUCGCAGGUGGGAAGACAGUUACCAUGUCCAUUCUCGAAGAAGCUAUUAUGAUCGCUCACCAGACCAGAGAGCAUAUGCACAGCAAUAUCAGCAUCGUAGCCGCUACAGACGCUACAACUACAGCCGGGAUAGGGGAGAGGCCUACAAUGACACAAACUAUAGCCAUUAUCAAGGGGAGGCCUACGAUAACACCAUCUACAGCCAAUAUCGAGGAGAGGCCUACGAGGCCACCAACUACAGCCAGUAUCGAGGAGAGGCCUACGAGGCCACCAACUACAACCCAUAUCGAGGAGAGGCCUACUAUGACACCAACUACCGCUAUUACUAUGAAUGUCGUCGGGAAAACAACAAAUACCGCACCCGACCGCGUAUUAGCUGCAGGAAGUACAGAAGCCCAUGUCGCAGCACCCCAACGGUCAACCGCUACUCUUUUAGUGAUGACCAGAGAGCCAAGAGUAUAAAGAAAAAUACCAAGGGCUGCCUCCUCUACCAUAUCGGAGACUGGCUGCAAGAGCGCUAUGAGAUCAUAAGCACCUUAGGAGAAGGGGCCUUUGGCCAAGUUGUCAAGUGUGUUGACCAUCACAGGGGUGGGGCUGGAGUUGCCCUGAAGAUCAUGAAGAAUGUGGGAAACUACAAGGAAGCAGCUCACCUUGAAAUCAAUGUAUUGGAGAAAAUCCGUGAGAAGGACCCUGACCACAAGAACUUCUGUGUCCAGGUAUUUGACUGGUUUGACUACCGUGGUCACAUGUGUAUCACCUUUGAGCUUCUGGGCCUUAGCACCUUCGAUUUCCUUAAAAGUAACAACUACCUGCCCUACCCCAUCCACCAAGUGCGCCACAUGGCCUUCCAGGUGUGCCAGGCUGUCAAUUUCCUCCAUAAAAACAAGCUGACGCACACUGACCUGAAGCCUGAAAAUAUUCUUUUUGUAAAUUCAGACUACGAGCUGACCUACAACCUAGACAAGGGGAGAGAUGAGCGCAGUGUGAAGAACACAGCUCUGCGGGUGGUGGACUUUGGCAGUGCCACCUUUGACCACGAACACCAUAGUACCAUUGUCUCCACACGCCAUUACCGAGCUCCAGAGGUCAUCCUCCAGUUGGGCUGGUCACAGCCUUGUGAUGUGUGGAGUAUAGGCUGCAUCAUCUUCGAGUACUAUGUUGGCUUCACUCUCUUCCAGACCCAUGACAACAAAGAGCAUCUGGCCAUGAUGGAAAGGGUCUUGGGUCCUGUUCCUUUCCGGAUGAUUCAAAAGACAAGGAAACAGAAAUAUUUUUACCGUGGUCGCUUGGAUUGGGAUGAGAGAACAUCUGCUGGGCGCUACAUUCAAGAAAAUUUAAAACCACUGCGAUGGUAUCUGACCUCAGAGGCAGAGGAACACCACCAGCUCUUCGAUCUGAUUGAAAGCAUGCUAAAGUAUGAUCCUGCUAAGCGGCUGACCUUGGGGGAAGCUCUUCAGCACCCUUUCUUCCACUGCCUUCGUGCUGAGCCAUCCAAGGUCAAGCCGUGGGGCUUGGAGUAGGAUAUUAGUCUGACCAUCAGGCCCUGGAUGCCCCUGCUUCUCUUACAGCGGUGGGUUGCCAGUCCAGGACACUGGUGCUUUAUUAGACAAGUGACAGAGGUGGAGUCCUCUCCUUCCCCCUGGCUGCCUGUGUAUGGUGAAUAUGUGAAAGUGAAAAUAUGAAAAAAAACUUGUACUGUUGUUUGGCCCCUGUCUUGUGCAGAAUGCUACUCUGCCACACACUCUUUUCACCCUCAUCUGCCCCUUCACCUGAGUUGGAUGGGGACAGAAUGAGGUAACCGGGUGUCAUCAAACCCCAUGUUUUAUAAGGAAUUUUGUAGUCUCUGUGAAAUAAAAUGACAUGUUUUA